AUGCAAUUGAUAAUUUUGAUAAUUUCAAUUCUCUCAAUUUUCAUUCAUUUUUCAUCGUGUCGCGCAUUCACCGGCGGAAUUGAUGGACAAUUUGGAAGAAUGUAUAUCAAAAGAGCCGAGUAAGAACAUUUUUCGUGGAAUUUUUUUCAAAUUUUCCUGAAAUUCAAAUAUAUUUUUGCAGCUCCGAACUAAUGUCGCCACCAAAAUAUAUGCGAUAUGAUGAGUUUUUGAAUGGACCUGAAAUCUUCAACGAACUUGGAGGAACUGGAAGAUUGUCCAAUUUGCAACGUCUUGGUUGA